AAUGGCGGGCUCAGUUAUCAUUACCGCCGCCAAUGGAUCUCUGGCCAUCCCCGCAGUCGUCCAUCUCCUCAAGACGUUGCCAGAUCACUUGGCUAUCUUGACUGUUCGUAACGCAUCAGACAAGGACCCAAACACAGCGGCUCUUAGAGCGGAGAUAUCCCGGUUCCCACAAGCCAAAACCGUUAUACACGAGCUAGACUUGUCCAAGCUCUCAGCGGUCCGCGAUUUCACCAAGACCGUUGCCCGAAAUAUCGACAACGGGGCAUACCCCAGGGUUAAGGCCAUCAUCUGCAAUGCAUUCCAUUGGAACCUCACUUCGCCCGAACCAAUCCUGACCUCUGAUGGCUUCGAGCAAUCAUUCCAAAUCAAUCAUAUCGCACACGCUACACUUGUCCUCCGUCUUCUAGACCACUUCGAUCCCGCAGGCGCCCGGAUUGUCACGCUAAGCACUGAUGCUCACUGGCCCGGGAGGAAUCCUCUCGAGAAAAAGGCGCCGGAGAUUCCGGACAACGUCGACGCGCUAGCGACUCCGCCCGUUGAGUCUGACUAUACCGGUCGACCAUUCCAGCGCUACGCCAACUCGAAGUUGGCUGCAGUCAUGUGGACACAUGCAUUGAAUAGGCGCUUGUUAGCACACUCGACUUUGAGUAAGGUCAAUGCAGUUGCCAUGGAACCCGGAUCUCUAACCGACUCACGUGCGCUGCGCACGAACACUCCCUCAACUCUAUGGUAUCUACAGAGGUUCAUCUUACAGCCUUUUCAGCCUAUCUUGUGUUACAUCAAUCCUACGAUGCGCAGCGUGACUGAAGUCGGCCCAGUCCUCAUGGAUCUAGCCCUUCAAAAGUCUCACCCCGGGGAGAGGGGCCACUUUGACUUUAGGACAAAGUCGGACAGCUCUCCUGCUAGUAUGGAUGAAAAGAAACAGGAUCUGAUAUGGGAAAAGACUUUGGAGUGGGCGGGCUUGACGAAAGGAGAGAUUGAUGCAUUGGGCCUGUAGCGUGAUUAAACCGGUAUUUUUCUCGUCGCGCCCCAGGCAGUACUUUGAGUCAUGACUGAUCUCAGAUCAAGACACAUGGGCUUCUUGUCGAGGAAAAAAAUUCAUGUUUAUUCAGCUUUGUAUAAUUCAUAUUGCUGAUGACGGACUAUAUACGUUACGCUAGUUCUGGUGCUCAAACACUGAAUUUUAUUCGCACAGGAAUAAGACACACUAUCAGCCUGCGCAAACGUUUGCACUGCUAUCUGUCGCCUAAACGCUGCUAAUGCUAUCGACUUCAGUGUUGAACUUGUCGUGCGUUUGCUCUCUAACUUAACAUGAAAGACAUGUAUUGCCUCAACGCAAUAAUUUACUUGAACACCCUGAUGAAAAAAAAUUGUAUUAUCCCUAAUCCAGGUUUAACGACUAAGGUUAAUUGAUCAGCACUGUUUAAAAGUCUUCCAAUCGCCUUAGGGAGCACAUCACUUAUCGAAUACGGUUGUUUUAUACAUAGAUUAAUAUGAACGCUAGCGCGCUUCGGCAUAGUCGCGCGCUAGUUCAGCCGCUUAUUUGCUAUUUCCGCCAGUUAGAGUAGUUGCCACUCGACAUCCCAUAAGUGCCUAACUAUUAUGGGAGUUUUAAUACAGAUAACCAUGAUUGGUAAGAUUGUGAAGAGGCCGAAGUUUUGGAAAUGCUUUGAGGUGUACAUAUGUACUUAGAGAUAUGUGCAGCCCUCUACUAGUAGUAGUUGUGUUCUGGUACCUGCCGUAGAUCUCUCAUCUGCAUAUAGAUGCCCUUCAAUGUGAGGCUGCUGGUGGAGUUGGACCUAUCCUACCGACCGAAGCUGACUUGUGUAGUCUUAUAACUAUUUCUACUUACUAUGAUCCAAACUGACUGAUUCAAAUCAUGGGCAUACGGGCUAUCUUAAAACUUGGACCACAAUCCGUAAGUGCUUGUUGCAGUAAGGGCCCCAAUGUAUAGCGCAAACAGCAAGAAGGCGAGUACAGCACACCCGAUAUAUGCAAUAAAGUCUAUUUGGCUGGAGUGUAGCAAGUAGGAUGUCGCUCUCUGUCAUCGAUUUUCUAGGGCUUCGCUUUAAAAGCGGCGAGCCGAU